AUGACACCACCGUUGAUUACACUGGAAGAGCACUUCUUGUCAGAAGCUGCAGAAGAUGUAAAGACACUGUACUCAGAGCAGCUGGGGAACAUCCCCGAGCUUGCCACGAAGCUAUCUGAUCUCGGCGCUCUUCGACUGCAGUCAAUGGAUGAAGGCCAGAUCUCCAUCCAGGUCAUAUCGCACGGCCCUGGAGCGAUGCCGCUGUCGCAGUGCAUGGCUGCCAACGAUCAACUGGCGGCGGCAGUGAAAGCUCGCCCAGAUCGCUUUGCCGGCUUUGCCGUCCUCCCGGUGGCAGACCCGGCCGAAUCGGCGAAGGAGCUUACAAGAUGUAUCCGAGAGCUCGGUUUCGUUGGCGCUCUCAUUGACAAUCGUGCUGGGAACACUUACUAUGACGGCCCAGAAUAUGACCCGCUUUGGAAGGCAGCUCAGGAAUUAGACGUUCCAAUCUAUUUGCAUCCAACCUGGCCCUCGGAAGAACAGACAGAUCUGAUAUAUACCGGCAACUUCGCCAAGUCGGCCACUCUGAGCCUGUCUGCGUCCGGUUGGGGAUGGCAUUCCGACGUGGCCUUGCACAUUCUGCGUCUGUUUGCUGCCGGCACAUUUGACAAGUUUCCUCGCCUCAAGAUCAUUGCUGGACACAUGGGCGAGAUGAUCCCGUAUAUGCUGGACCGGAUCGUCCAGCUGUCUCCACGCUGGGGCAAGCGGAAUCGCCUCUUCAAGGAGGUCUAUGAUAGUAACAUCUGGAUCACCACCAGCGGAGUCUGGAGUAUAGAUCCGAUGGCCACCAUUUUGAGAAACACCCAGGUAGGAAGGAUCUUGUACAGUGUGGACUAUCCCUUUGCCAAGAAUGAGAAUGGCCUGGCAUUCAUGAAACAGCUCGAGGGAAGUCAGAUGGUAAACGAUGAGCAGUUGGAACAGAUCGCGUACAAAAAUGCCGAACAGCUGCUGGGACUUAAGGUGACUAAGAGGUUCUGA